UGGCUCAAGCGCUGUUUUUUUUCAUAUUUCCAGCUAGCAAGCACGUUCAACUUUGACCAUCAACAGCGCAGAUCAAUAUCAAGGGGGCGUUGAUCACCCAAUGCGGUGUACGUUGAGGGCUCUCGUUUGUGUGCCAGGUGUUGACAUCAAAACUGUUGGUUAUUUCGUGAAGGUUCAGCUUUUGUAUUUAAUGACGGUGUUGCUGGUCCUCGGUUGUGUGAGUGUGAUCGGGAAGAUGUGCCAAACAUAUUUUUUUUGCCUCUCUUUUGAAGGAGACUUUUUACCGAGGCGAGCGGCGGUAUCGCUGUUGCUGGUUCCAUUACUGUGCUGGCUGACGCUGAUGUUCUUAGCCAGCUUGACAAUGUUAUACGAAGAUGUUCUUCGCAAACAUGUACUCGAGCGGACACGCAAAAUCACCGUUUUGAUUUACAUGUUUGUUUGGAGGCGUUGGAAGCCAUCAGCGCGAAUGAAGAAUGUAGUGGACCUGUUUGUCAUUGUGUCCUCAGUCGCAGCACCACUACUCUCGGCAGUCAUCCAUGUCGCAGUCACCCACUCUACCAUGCAAAACGGUAUGUUGACCACAUUUGUGGUCGGUUACAUCAGAGGCGGGUUCAUCUUGGCAGCGUUUCUUGUGUUCCUCAAUUUCCUCUGCGAGCUUCUCGUCGCAAGUAACGCUAAAGUGGGAACGGCGUUGACUAUGCUUGACGCCGUUCCAUCGGAUUGGAGCCUUGGUUCCUCAUUCUGGGAUGCGGGACAAGAAGAUUGGAGCAGCAUCGUUGCCAGCCAGGACAGCUGUAGUUCGCCAAACUUGUUUCGGGCUCUCUUCACAGCGAAACGUUCGAGGAAUCAGGUGCUAUUGGUUGUGCUGAUGGUCCUUGUGCUUACGUUGAAUGUGGCAUUGACGACCAUUCACAAAAACAGCACCAUUGGGCUGAUUUGCUUCUUGGUAAUAGCUGUGGCUCUGCUGCAGCUUGAACAGCUUGUCGUGGGUCGCGUAGUAACUGGGAUCUUCAAGCUAGUUGGGUACAGCAGUCUUUCCCUGUCAGCCAUUUUCUUUUUCGUGGCUUUGCAAACUCCAAUUGCAGCGGAUGGCGAGGGCACGCGGCUCACUGGGGGUAUGAAUUACACACCUGUGCAGAAACCGUCAGUAUAUCCAAUUUGCGUGGGACAAUGGGGUCAUCAUUCGUUCCCAGAAGAACAGCGGCUUACAGCACUAGAUUUGAGCAUUCUGGCGAGUGCAGUGUAUCACAAGAGCAACGAUUCAAUCGCGUCUAUUGUACAACAAGGCUUCGGAGACACCAGCCUUGCCGAUGCUCAGCUGGUAGACCUCGACGACUAUGAUAAGGUCGGGCGCAUGGGAGUCUUCAGGUUCCCAUCCAUCAAAGUGCAGGUUCUCUCUGUGAGAGGCACGCUUACGGAGCGCGACAUAUUGAAAGACCUCGACCUGUACACGAUGAGUUUUCUUUUAGAGCUUGUGGACACCAUCAUUCCCAUCAUUUUCUUUUUGAGUACCGAACAAAUUCAACAUGUGUUCUAUCUCUUGUCCGUGUACCAUUUUCUGGAGGAUCCCGUUUUGCAGAGAGUUUUCGAUAAACUACGCAGAAUCAAGGAGGAAGGCGACUCGCUGGGGUACGUGACUGUAGGGACAGGGCACUCGCUCGGCGGGGCCUUCGCUGUACUCGGGGCCGCUCGGCUGAACAUUCCCGCGGUUGUGUUCAGUUCCCCUGGCUAUGUCUACAUUGCAAAGGCCUUCGGCAUCGACCUCACGGUUGCGAAGACAAACGUUGUCAAUGUUCAGCCGGAAGGGGACGUCGUAGUAAAGAUCGAUUCGCAUGUGGGCGCAGUGCAGGAGAUCAUGUGCACAGAAUCUUCUCGUAGAUGCCAUGCUCUCAUUGUAUCCAUGUGUGAACUCUUACGGAAUUGCGGCGAUCCCCGUGGCCGUGUAGUUGCUAAAGUGGACGGUCCCGGUGCACUGGAAGAUUGGACGUGUAAAGUUGAUUGACUGAUCCUGGGAACCUCAAUAUUGAUUCAGCCAUGCAGCUGACUAACUCGUCGUAGUCUUGAGUCUCCAGGUUGCCUUCCCCGUGUGUGUGUGUGUGUGUUAGUGCCGUUCGCGAGCCGUCGUGCUUGAUUUUUCCUGCCUCCUGGCAGGCCGCUGGUGCGGCUCUCCCAGUGCCAGCUACCUCUCAUCCCUACAUCCCCCCCUAACGUGGAUUGCCCACCUGACGUAGUGCAGACCUCGGUGACGCCGAGCCCGGCCCGCGAGGAAUGGGCGUGACACCUGCAUUUCGGCGACGCGCUUGUCUCGGAAAAGAGGGUCUACGACGUUUCCACGAGAGCACAGGUGGGCGCCACAGACGCCGACACCGCCAGCCAACCCUUAAGAGUCCGCGAUGUGCUCAGGCUGGUUUCGCCUGAGACAUCCUGGGAGUCCCUGGCUCCGAGAAGCCCUGGCUUGAGGUGACCAGCGUUUUGUCGGUGCACGGUCGCUUCGGCCGUCGCCGCGAUCUCGAGCCGACAGAGGCCGUCGAGAUGUAGAUGUUUGGUUUUUGCUUUCGCGCUGCCCUGGGGCCUCGGGCUUGCCAGGCGGUCAGACGCUGGUGCGUGAGUUUUUGUUGUGCGUCUGCUUACGCCGUGCCCGGCCCGGCGCCCAGGUCUUGCCGGGCAGCCGUGCGCCUCUUACACCCGGUCACCCGGAAGAGAUGUGAGAUGAGGCCAAAACAACGCAUUCGCAUUUUACAGUGUACAUGGUGCCCUAAAACUAGUCAUUCUGUUCUAAGAUAUCGUCCAUAGUUUGGCUCGAGUUGCUUCAGUUGGCUCGCCGCCACCACACGGCAUGACCGUGUGGACAUCCUGCAGUUGUUGGGCUGGCUCGUGCCUGUCUUACGGCAGCUCUCGGAUAUCUUCAUCCGCGUUCUUCUAGCUGCCGACGGGAUGCAACUCUUUGCCUUGCCAGUUCCAUUCUAUUGGGACGGUCCUGUAGUUGAAUGGCUGGGGAGCUUAAUAAUUUGUCCUCUGCCCUGGGAGGAACCUGAGUCUCCCGCACUGCCGCUAUCCACCAACAGCCGGUAUUAUGUCUGCUCCUUUCCUUCUGGGCUGAUGUGUUCGCUUCUGCCAGUGGUCUCAGACAGUGUCCAUUGCUACUUGUAGUGUUGCAUUUUGCGAUCUGCCGGCCCACUGUGGUCUGGACUAGAUUUUGUGACCUCUGCUAGUGAGUUUAACUUGCCUUCUAGACCAAACGUGCGUUCGCGGUUCACUGCGUUCGCUCACGUUCUGCUAGUCUGUCCGCAUUCGUCCCCUCAGCUUUCCUCCUUCUUCUCUAACUUACCGCGCGGGAAA